CGCGAUGAGUCAUGACGUACUGAACGUCCGAGAAAAUGGCGACAGCGUGUUGAAGUACCACUGACUCUUAAAAGAAUACUUGAUUAUUUUUCUGCUGGAUAGAACUGCUAUUUUGUACUAGUUAAUAAUUACGGAGGACAAUGAGCUUCUUCAGUAAAGUUUUUGGAGGCAAGAAGGAGGCCGCAGCUCCUUCGACUGCCGAAGCUAUUCAAAAAUUAAGAGAAACUGAGGAUAUGCUUAUCAAGAAGCAAGAUUUUCUUGAAAGUAAGAUUGAGCUCGAGAUUCAGGUUGCCAGGAAGAAUGGAACUAAAAAUAAACGAGCUGCCAUUCAAGCAUUGAAAAGGAAGAAGCGAUAUGAAAAGCAAUUACAGCAAAUUGAUGGAACUUUAUCAACUAUUGAAAUGCAAAGAGAAGCAUUGGAAAGUGCAAAUACCAAUACAGCAGUACUUACAACCAUGAAGAGUGCAGCAGAUGCACUAAAAUCUGCACAUCAACACAUGGAUGUUGAUCAAGUUCAUGAUAUGAUGGAUGAUAUAGCAGAACAACAAGAUGUUGCCAAAGAAAUAUCAGACGCGAUCUCUAAUCCUGUCGCUUUCGGACAGGACGUGGACGAGGAUGAACUUGAAAGAGAAUUGGAGGAGUUAGAACAAGAGGAAUUGGAUAAAGAAUUACUUGGCGUUGGAACAGGCGAAAAUCUCCCAGCAGUACCAGCGACUGCAGAGCCUGUUGCUCCUGCAAAGGCUCGGUCAAAACCAAAAGCAAAGGAGGAGGAUGAAGACUUGAAGGAGUUAGAAGCAUGGGCUUCGUAAGCUGGUAAACAAAGCUGUUGUAAAAAUUAAACAUUCGAGUUUCUUAGAUAAAAUAAAGCAUAUGGAGAGGAGGUACGAUCGUUCAGUUUUGGUUCAUUAGUUACAAUAUUUUUAUGCAACGUAUAAAAAAAUAACUCGUACAUUCUACUUCGCAUUACUAAUGCCAAUCACUGUAAGAAUGAAAUAUUUAAUGCGACUCUCCAUGAAAUGGAUAUAUAUUUUGCAAUAUCUUUUUCUUCCUACAAUUGCUUAUCAUGUUUUAUUGGAUUCCUUCAUCCAAAACCAUUAAAUGUUUUUCCCAAAAAAAGAAAAACGAAGCAAAAUUUGACGAUCACUCCCUGCGCUUUAUCGUCACAUUAAUGUAUAUAGCUACCAUGAUUUCAAUGGCAAUCUAUGAUUUUAAUUUUUAACUAUAAAUGGCCUUUGAAAACUUUGUAUAAUCCUACUUGCUGCAAAUAAAUUUACUUUUAAACGAUA